AUGAGCGGCAUGUUCAUGGAUCAUCCGUUCGCGGCACUUCCUUCCAGCAUCUUCGCACCUCCUCACCACAGACCCUCACCGUCUCCGCCGCCUUUUGCCCAAUCCAUCUCUUGGCCAAUGGACAAAGUCACCCUGUUGACGUCAUCUCGGCUCGAGCCCACCGCCGGCUUCCGGCCCCACUCGUCCAUCAUCGUCGCUCUUGGAAGCCUCUUGACCGUCGCUGCGCUUCCCCUUGCCCUUGAAUAUCAGGCCCGCCUCGCCCGCCUCUGCUCCUCCAUCUCUCUUCGUGUCUACAACAUACUCGUCUCUCUGCACGUCUAUACAAAUACAAUCAUCGUCGUCGUCGUCUCUCUGCAAGGCUAUUACUCCUUCUUCAUCUCGCGUGCCCUGCUCCUCGCCUCGUCCUGCGCCGGCAAGCAUCUCCUUUCUCAUGCCUUAUUCGCCUCGCAGUCCUUCCUCACGCACGCAUCCGCCAUGUUCUCAAAGACCGUAGUCGACUUCUGGCAGUCCAGGAGGAUCCAGAAAAUCCGCGCAAAGCUCUUUUACGAGUUUGCAGUCUUCAUCCUCGGCUGCGGCAACGCCUUCUUCCUCCUCGUCUUCUGGCCUGGCUGGAUCUUUCUCGGUGCUGCCGUCCUUGCUCUGAGGCAACUCGCCGGCUGA